GAGAAGUGAGCAGCCCAUUCAUCUUCCCACUGCAUCUGGGUGGAGCUGCAUCACAGACACCAUGCAGCCCCAUGCCAUCCUCCUUCUCUUCUUCUUCCCUGGGACCACGGCAGAGCCAGAGGCUCUCUUCCCAUCUCCUGCAGGCUCCCACAUGCUCAAGCUUCUCCAUUUCGCCACCUUCCAAAACAGCACCUCUGUGCUUGUGGGAGGACUGGGACUCUUGGGAGACGUGAAAAUGGGAUCUCUGGACAGCCGCACUGGGAACAUCCGCUACUACCGGCCCUGGCUGCGCCCAUCCUUGCCAAAAGGUGACUGGGACGUCAUCGAGAGCUCCAUCAAGUCAUAUGUGAGGGAUUUCAGCAGGCUGGUGCAGAUGUACACCACGGUGCCCUACCCUUUUGUCUUCCAGUCCUCCAUUGGUUGUGAGCUCCAGUCCAACGGGACCAUCAGGACCUUCUUCGACAUUGCUUACGAGGGCCAGAAUUUCCUCCGCUUCAACCUGGACGCAGGCACUUGGGAUCAGAUGCAACAUAACCAGUUGUCAGCCAAAGCUGAGCACCUGAUGGCCAAUGCCAGCACUCUCAAUGAGGUGAUCCAAGUGCUCCUCAACGACACCUGUGUGGACAUUCUGAGACUUUUCAUCCAGGCUGGGAAAGCAGAUCUGGAGAGACAAGUGCCACCCAUGGCUGUGGUCUUUGCCCGCACGGCCGGCCAAGCGCAGCUCCUGCUGGUUUGCCGUGUCACCAGCUUCUACCCACGGCCCAUCGCUGUCACCUGGCUGCGGGACGGCCGGGAGGUGCCCCCGAGCCCGGCGCUGAGCACCGGCACUGUGUUACCCAACGCCGACCUCACCUACCAGCUCCGCAGCACCCUGCUGGUGUCUCCCCAGGACGGGCACGGCUACGCCUGCCGCGUGCAGCACUGCAGCCUGGGUGACCGCAGCCUCCUCGUCCCCUGGGAGGACUCCAAGUGGGGGCUGAGUGCGGGGCUCGGGGCCCUCCUGCUGCUGGCUGCUGCCGCCGUCGCCGUAGUCUUGGUGCGGAGAUACAGGAAACGGCAGCGGGUGGACGAGGUGCGCAGCAUCCCUCUGGCGGAGCACCGGGGCACAGCGCGGGAUGGGACCGCCGCGGGGCAGUACGGGGGCUGCGACCGCGAAACGCCCGAUGAGGGGAGGGGGCACAUCUGAGUGCUUCUCAGUGCUGCACCUCGUGAGGGCACCCCUGUGCUCGCGGCCAAUGCUUCCCCAGCCCUGGUAAAGGUACCCACCUGCCUACGAGCAGCGAGCUGCACCCUCCCGUUGGCACCUUCUGCGUUUUAUUGCCCAACCACCGCCUUUAUUAACCCUCUUCCGGAGAUAUCUGUGCACAGUCCCCCCCUCCAGCGACGCCCACCAACGGCGCUGGAAACGCUGAGCAGCACUGAGCUCUGCUGUGCUCCCAGAGGAAAGCGACACUCAAACAUUGCUGUGCUCACCACGGAGGUGUGGGAGUGAGUGGGGUUUGGGUGGGACCGGGCAGGUUUGAGGUGAAUGGAGCGUGGAAUAAAUGGAUAAUUAGACCCA